AUGCCCUUGAUUGAAGAAAUUACUGAAGAAGAGGCAGUUGUAAUUGAAAAGCCAAAACAAGUGAAGAUUGAAAUUGUAGAUAAGGAAUCACAUGUGGAUGAUACUGAACCAUCAGAUGUAGUGGAACCUCCUCUGGUAGACAACGAUGCACAAAAUGGAGACCAAGAAAAUGGAAAGAAGUCAGAGGAAGAUGAUGUUAAAGACAAGGAAGAUGAAAAGGAAGGUGAAAAGAAGGAUGGUGGAGAUGGAGAUAAGACAGAAAAAAAGAAAGAUACUUCAAGCGAUUCAUCAAAAAGUAACAGCAAAAAUGAUUGGCCAAGAUUGACAAAGGCAUUUCUGAAGCAGCAUUGUAAGGAUUUGAAGCUGUAUCUCACCCCAGCGUUGAAUGACGUUCUAUACCUCCAUUACAAAGGUAUCUUUGAGAUUGAGGCUCUUGAGGAGUACACAGGUCUCAAGUGUCUUUGGUUAGAAGUAAAUGGGAUCAAAAAGAUUCAGAAUCUGGACAACCAGGUGAAUUUACGCUGCCUGUUCCUGCAGCAGAAUCUGAUAGAUCGCCUGGAGAACCUAGAGCCAUUACAACAACUGGAUACUCUUAAUGUCAGCCACAAUGUCAUCCGUAAGAUUGAGAAUCUAGCCUGCCUGCCUGUCCUGAACACCCUGAACAUAUCACACAACAAAUUGAGUUCAGUGGAAGCCCUCGAACACCUAGCCGAGUGUGACAAUCUCAGUGUCCUUGAUCUGUCCCACAAUGCCAUUGAAGACACUGCUGCUAUUGAUGUUUUUGAGAAGAUGAAGUCCCUAAAAGUUUUGAACUUGAUGGGAAACGGAAUUAUCAGGAACAUCAAGAACUACAGAAAAACAUUAAUCGUUAAAAUUAAAAACCUGACUUACUUGGAUGAUCGCCCUGUUUUCCCCAAGGACAGAGCUUGUGCAGAGGCAUGGGACAGAGGUGGUGUGGAGGCUGAGCGUGAAGAAAGAGAACUGUGGAUCAACAGGGACAGAAAGAAGAUACAGGACAGUGUAGAUGCCAUGUUAGGAAUGCGUAAGCGUGGAGAGGCCAAACGGAUCCAAAGGGAGCGUGAUGCAGCUGGGCUGGAAGGCAAGGUGGAUGUGGAGAGUGUGGAUUGGCUUACUGGUACAUACCGACUGGAGGGUAGUACAGAGGUUUUAAGGCAGAAGGAAGAAGAUGAUAAGGAGGAAGGAGAUGAUAAGGAGGAAGAGGGUGAUGGUGAUGACACUGAAGAAACCCCUGUUAUAUGUGGAAAGCCGCCUGUGUCAGAAAAGGGAAUCUUUUCUACUGAGAAACCUAAGUCUAAGGAUGGAAGCAAACAUCUAUUUAUCACUGAAGAUAAAGAUGACUUGGAUCAGGAUGAAGAUGAGGAGGAUGUACCCGACUUAGAAGAUGUAGAGGUGGAGGAACAGUUAGUGCCCCAGGAGACUAAGAAAACUUACAAACCAAAGAUUGAAAUGAUGAAUGAGGAAGAGGAGGAUACAAAACAAGAUGGCGGUUCUACACGAUUGUUGAUAGAGGAAGUUCCAACACAGGCCUCACAACCAGAAACACCAACAGGUCAGGAUUCUACACGAUUGUUGAUAGAGGAAGUUCCAACACAAGCCUCCAAGCCAAAAACACCAACAGGUCAGGAUUCUACACGAUUGUUGAUAGAGGAAGUUCCAACACAGGCCUCACAACCAGAAACACCAACAGGUCAGGAUUCUACACGAUUGCUGAUAGAAGAAGUUUCCUCCACAGUACAAACAAAUAUAGGCUCUAGUAACAUGUCAUAUGAGGCGACGCAGGACAAGCAUUCACAAGAACUCCUUACCAACCUCAACAAAAUAGACACUAGCGCAGUCAAAAAGUUGGGAUCUAUACAAUUCACAGAAGAGGAGAAGAAAAACAUGAGUAAAAAGACAAAAGAAGAGAAAAUUAGUGACUUAGCUGCCAAUGCUGGUACUACAGAUAGUAAAGCUGAUGUCAUUAACAAACUGUUGUGGAAUGAUUCAGAACUUGAUUAA